AUGGUUUUAAAUAAGAAAAAUAAAUUUUUUUUGUUUGAUGUCGAUGGAACAUUAACAUAUUCAAGAAAGAUAAUUGAAAAAAAUAUGAUUGACAUUUUAAUAAAACUUAAGUCAAAAGAAAAUUGUUCAUUAGGUAUUGUAGGAGGUUCUGAUCAUAAAAAAAUUUUAGAACAAAUCAAAUAUCCGGAAAUUUUUGAUUACAUAUUUUCUGAAAAUGGAGUAGUAGCUUAUAAAAACAAUGAACAGUAUUUUUCAGAAAGCAUAGUUAAUUUUUUAGGAGAAGAAAAAUUAAAAAAAUUGUUAAACCAUUGCCUAAUAUAUAUAGCUAAUUUAGAAAUACCAAAAAAAAGAGGAACAUUUAUAGAGUUAAGAAAUGGUAUAAUAAACAUUAGCCCAAUAGGGAGAAAUUGUUCUCAAGAGGAGAGAGAAGAGUUUUAUUCUUUUAAUAUGAAGAAUGAUAUACUUAAAAAUUUUCGUUUAAAUUUAAUGAAGGAAUUUGAAGGCUUUAAUUUGAAUUUUUCUAUUGGUGGACAGAUAUCUAUAGAUUGUUUUCCUACAGGAUGGGAUAAAAGAUUUUGUUUAAGACAUAUUGAUAAAAAUUUCAGUGAAAUAUAUUUUUUUGGUGAUAGAACAGAAGAAGGGGGAAAUGAUUAUGAAAUAUUUAAUGACAAAAGAGUUAAAGGAUAUUCAGUUAGAAAUCCUGAAGACACUAUAGAAAUUUUAAAGAAAAUAUUAAAUAUGUAA